UACUUCAGAUCUCGCGCAUGCGUACUUCCUAGUGUGUGCCGGACGGCAGCAGCCAGUAAACAUGGCAGGAGUUGGUUUCCGACGGUGGGCCCAGGCUCUCUCUAAAGGCAGAGGUCCGGGCAUAUCCGCUCUUCUGUCGGGACGCAGAGCAGCCUCCGGUGUGUCAAAGGCUGAUCUGCCUGGUCCUUGCCCGACGUCCCCCGACGAGAAAGCUGCUGCAGCAAAGAAGUACAGCAUGACGGUUGAGGACUAUGAGCCAUAUCCCGACAAGGGCGAGGGCUAUGGGGAUUAUCCAAUGUUACCAGAAAAGUCUCAGUGUGAGAGAGACCCCUGGUACGAGUGGGACCACCCUGACUUGAGAAGGAACUGGGGAGAGCCGUUGCAGUGGGAUUUUGACAUGUUCAUCCGGAACCGUGUGGAUACGUCUCCUAGUCCUGUGGAUUGGUCCACAAUGUGCAAACAACUGUUUGGUUUCAUCGGGUUCAUGCUGUUUAUGUUCUACGUUGGGGAGAAAAUACCAGCUUAUCAACCUGUUGCCCCGAAACAGUAUCCCUUUAACAACCUGUUCUUGGAGAAUGGAGGAGAUCCGGAAAAACAACCAGAGGAAAUCAAACAUUUUAAAAUCUAAUGACUGCUAUCUGACUCUACUGUGUAUAUAUAUAUUUCUGUCCAGAAUAAAGACUUAAGUCACAUUC